GUUAGUAACGACUCAUACGUUUUGCUUGGUCUUGAUUCCACCAUGUCUACAGACGCAAGAGAUUCGACUCGAGAAACCAAGUUGACUCUGCCAAAAACAUGGCAUGCAGAGUCUGCUGACACUAUGGGCUCGAUGGGCAUGUUCCUCGCUGGCUUAGUGCUAGUUUCUAGAAAUCGGUACAUGGCAUGGCCAGUAGCCCUCCUCGCGCUCAGCAGCUUCAUGAAUCAACACCCUAUUCGGACAAAGGAGGGUGGGAGCACGCCUUGGACGGCUUUGAUGACUGCGGCCUUUGCGCUGCUCGUGUCGCACUCUGCGAUGUUCACGUUCACGGACCCUAAGACUGGCGGACUCAAGUUUUCGUCGUAGACUUGAAGUUGUGAUUAUUGUGCUAUAUAUUAUUGGGUUCGACCGUAA